CUAGAGAUUUGCUAAUUAAAAUUUUGGAUACUUUUGCUAAUAAAUUUACAACGCUGAAUUUGUUAUUUGCUGACAUACAGCGACAACAACGAAAGAAGAAAAUAACUGUUUUGAGUGAUUCAAGUACGACAGAAAAAAUUGAUGACUUUGAUUUUGAACAGGCUCGUCCGAUUCAUACAUCUACACCUAGUGAACUCCAGCAUGAUGCUAUAAAUGACGGAAGAUUUUUGUUCAGAAAUCUAGUUACUGGCCUUAAACCGAUCAUUCAAUGGUUAAAAGAGUGCAACCCACAACCCCCAAAUAAUCUCAAGAUUACACCUCAACAAUAUAACUCAGUUGCUCGUGGAUUUACUCAAGAACAAAUAGAUAUUUUUAUUCGUUUGUUUCGAGAGGGUGUACGUUGCUUUGAUUAUUUCAACAUUGAUAAUAUGGACACGCCUCAAGUAAAAUAUUCUGAUAAGUUAAUGUCUAUAGAGAUUCCGAGCAGAAUUGGACCAUAUACAAAAGUUGAAAAGGAAGCACUUGAACAUUUCGGUUGUGCCUUUGUGAUGGUUGAUCCAGCUAUAUUUCAGGAGAUUUUUGCUUCACAAAUGAACUUUUUUUUCGAUCAAAUGCUGCAAAAUACUUCUCUUCUCCAAAUACCUCAAUACCUUUUAGCACAUAAUGAAGUAAUUUCCCAAAGCUUUGCCGGAAUUCUAUUAAGAUUCCUUGUGGAUAGACUAGACAAGCUUGGAGGUCCCGAUUCUUUAUAUGCUUCUGUAAUGCUUCGGUUGUUUAAACUAGCAUUCAUGGCUGUGACAUUAUUUCCAAAUCAUAAUGAAAGUGUGCUUCAUCCACAUCUUGCAAAUAUAAUCACUUCUUCAAUGAAGCUUUCUGCAAAGGCCAAGGAGCCAAUAAAUUAUUUCUUGCUUCUUAGGGCACUUUUUAGAAGCAUUGGGGGUGGCAGAUUUGAGACGUUAUAUAAAGAAGUCUUUCCGCUUUUACAAGUGCUUCUGGAAGGGCUAAACUCACUAUUAUCAUUGAUACAUAAACAACGCAUGCGAGAUUUAUUUGUUGAGCUCUGUCUUACUGUGCCUGUGAGACUAAGUGUACUGCUUCCUUUUCUUAGUUAUUUAAUGAAACCGCUCGUUUUGGCUUUACAAGCAGGCCCAGAAUUAGUCACACAGGGUCUUCGGACUUUAGAACUUUGCAUUGACAAUCUAACACCCGAGUUUUUGGAUCCUAUAAUGGCCCCAGUCAUUAAUGAUCUUAUGAAUGCGCUUUGGAAACAUCUGAAACCAACACCAUAUAGCAAUGCCCAUAGCCACGUAACUAUGCGGAUUUUGGGUAAACUAGGAGGUCGUAAUCGACGUAUGCUUAAAGAGCCAGCGCAACUUAACUCACAUGCGCCACCAUUGACUGGGAUUGAUUUGCAGAUUUAUUUUGAACCAUAUGCAAAUCCGCAUAAUUUAUCAUUAGACGAAGGUUUAUCACUUGCUGCAAGAGUAUUACAAGACACUAACACUACUCUUUUUUAUAAGAAAAAUGCGAACAAAUUCUUGGCAGCUACUAUUCCCUUGUUUAUUAAUUUAGAUGAAGGACCCGAAGACCUUGCAGUUUCAAUAACAACAAGGGUUCAACAACAACUGCUGCAAAAUAAUGAUGUAGAUGAUAUGGAAAUAAUUCCCUCGAGCACGGAUAAUAUGCAUGGUGAUGUUCCAAUUGUAACAAAUGAGUUUCGAGAACUUUCAAUAAAUAACGUGCCAAAUAAAGAAGGACAUAAACAAAUAUUGAGAAGAAAGGUUUUGCAAGAGGAAACAUUACAAAAUGUAAUAUGCUCGCUUUUUGCAGCAGCAUCCUUGCCCGAUCUUAAAGAACAGGCACUACCAUUUCUUGAAAAUAUUUGUCGGCAUUUUGCUCUAUUAGAAGUUAGUGAAGCCCUAAAUUAUCGUUAUACUAGAGAGAAAAGGUUUGAUUUUAAUAAUGACGAAAAGCAAUAUAAUUUGGAGACUAAAGUAAUGGUUGAAGCUUUGGUAGAGGUCAUAACGUCUGAGAACUCUAAACUUCGUAGUCUUGCAGUUACUGCUUUAACUUUAAUUUAUGAAACGUGUGUUCUUAUUACCGGAUCAAAGGAAGCACUUAUUCACUUCCCUUUGUUUCAUGUAUUGGCAUCUCGCUUUUGUUCAUGCUGCUAUAAGCAAGAAUGGUUUCGCAAAAGUGGAGGUUGCACGGGAAUUUCGAUUCUCAGUUCCAAACUUGAUAUGGGCACUCAAUGGAUGUUAGAACAUGAACUGGAGUUUGUCAGAUCAUUACUUUUUAUUUUAAAAGAUAUGUCGCCAGAAUUCGCAGCAGGUUAUGUUGAGGACGCUUCUCAGACGCUAUUACACGUUCUAACAGUCUGUAAUGAACAAGAACAAUCAGAAAGUCUUAAUGAUGACGAAGUUAUGGAUUCACAAGACGAACAUGAACGUGAAAGACAAAACAAAUUUGACAAACUCAUUACUUUGCUAACUUCAGAAUUGUCUAAUGCAAAUGCUGCAGUAAGAGAAACGGUACAAGCGUCAUUUCAAAUAAUAGCCGAUCUGACAAAACGUGAUGUUACAUACUUACUUUCUAGAGCACGAGAUACUUUACUAGGUCCUAUUUUCGGUAAACCGCUCCGAGCCCACCCAGCUCCAAUGCAAAUUGGGCAUAUCGAUGCAAUUACAUAUUGUUUGACAUUACAACCUCCUUUAUUGGAUUUUAGCAAUAAUGAAGAGCUUGUUAGACUUUUGAAUGAAGCAUUGACGCUUGUAGAUGCAGAUGACCAGGCUUUGACUGGUCGUUCAACACAGUAUAAAGCGUCUACUGCUGGGAUUAAUCUUAGAAUAGUUUGUAUAAAGUUAUUAUCCGCAUCUAUGGUGCGUUCAGAUUCCUUUCCACAAUCCACUGCAGCUGCUACUCGGACUCGUAUUAUUGGGGUGUUUUUCAAAUCAUUAUAUUCAAGAGCGCCAGAGGUAGUAGAGGUUGCAAAUAAAGGACUUCAACAGGUUCUUCAACAACAGCACAAACUUCCUAAAGAUCUUCUACAAGCUGGUUUGAGACCUAUUUUGGUUAACCUUUCAGAUCAUAAAAAACUUACUGUGCAAGGUCUUGAAGGAUUAGCUAGGCUUCUUGAAUUACUCACCAACUAUUUUAAAGUUGAAAUUGGGAAAAAAUUACUUGACCACCUUCGCCAAUGGGCUGAUCCAUCAGUUCUACAAGAAGCCGCCGGAAAACCGCUUAUUGAAAUAGAACCUAUUAAAAUAAUAGUUGCAAUACUGAAUGUAUUUCAUCUUUUGCCUCCAGCUGCUCAUGUUUUUUUGGAUGAAUUGGUUGUCAUUGUCUUAAGUCUGGAAGAACAGCUGCGUCGCUCUAUGUCUAGCCCUUUUCGUUUACCUCUUAUCAAAUUUUUGAAUCGUUAUUCGUCUGAAGCUAUUGAAUAUUUUUACAAUAAAAUUGGUGAUAAUAAAUUUAUUCGACUAUUUAUAAAUAUCUUGGGAACUGAUGAGGCUACAAAACUCAGACAAGACAUGAUGGCGAAUCCAUUAAAAUUAAUUGAUAAAACUACCAAUAUUCAGGAUUCAGAUAGUUCUUAUGAGGUGAAAUUUCAGAGAAUUGUAAUUAUCCGAGAGAUUGUAAAAUAUCGUCCUGAUUGGUUGGUUGAACCCACUUCUGAACCUAUUCUUAAAUGCCUAAAAGAAGCCUGGAAUGAUCCUGAACGUCUGGAAAGACUGAAAAGGGAGGACACUUUAAGCUUAUCACAAUGUCGAGAAUCCAAGUACCUUGUUGAAAUUUUCAUCAUUUAUCUUAAAGAGAACCCGAACGAUAUUGAUUUGCUAUUUGAAUUAGUAACAAUAUUUUCCUAUGAAAGUAUUGUAGACUAUACAUUCUUAAAAAAAUUUUAUCAUGAAGUGGUCGCGAUGAAAUAUAAUGUAACACAGAAGAGAGUUAUUCUUGACAAGUUUUUAGAUAACUUCAUUGACCCUCUAAUUCCUGCUAGUGUUAAGAUGCAAUCUUUGAAGGUUAUCAUUACUCCAAUGCUUUUAUUUGCAUUUGCCAGAGCGCAAGAAUACGAGCAGAUUAUCGGGGCUGUUCAGAUGGAUAAAAUCCAGAAUAUUUGGCGUUACCUGGCUGAAACCCAUGAUGAUAUUGAGGAUUCGUUGCGUAUUGAGGUUUUACAGUUUUCAACUCUUCUCGUGCAACGCGUACCAAAUCUUAUUAGUACACGUAGUGAUCUUGCCAAAAUUGGUUGGAAUUGGUCCAGAGCUGAUGAUAUAACUGCUAAACAAACUGCCUUUGUUUUUUUGGCUCAAAUAUUUGCGGAAUUUGACUCGAUUAACGUUAAAAUCUUAUUUCAAUCUUAUUCUGCACUUUUAAGAGCGCAUCAGCUAGAGGCAAGAACAUUAGUAAAACAAGCUUUAGACAUUCUUGCACCCGUGAUUCCAAAAAUUAAACCACAGCAUCCGUUUCCUUCUAAGGAAUCUUUUGAUGAAUCUAAGAAAGAUUCAAAAAACAAAAAAGCACCACCUCCAACAUGGAUUCAAUACGCAAAAAAAGUUUUAUUAGAGGAUGGAUACAGUGUCUCUCAAUUGGUAAACGUUUACCAAUUGCUAGUGCGUCAUCCUGAUUUGUUUUAUGAACAUAGAGAACAUUUUAUGUCGCAAAUUGCAAAUACUUUAACAAGAUUAGGAUUACUUCAAAGUGCUACUGGCGAGACUCGACUUCUGACUAUAGAUCUUUCUGAAUUAAUUUUAAAGUGGGAAAAGCGUAGAAUUUCUGAAAAUCGCACGCCAGAACAAUUAAGUGCAUCGUCAACUCCCGCUAGGUCAUCAGACAAACGUCCCAUUGACUCAGAACCCGAGUACUCUCCACGUAAGCGGCUGUUGAUUGAGCACGGUGGUGAAAUGAGGGGAGUCGUCGCAGAACAGAAUCAAAAGUAUAUUCCGAAUCUAAACUUGCGGGAAAAUGUUAUUGGGUACCUUACUCGAUUUGUAUGUACCUCUGUUGAUUCUGUUAGUAAAACUGGAUUGGCUCGUAGAGCUUUAGAGCUAAUAAAGGAAUUUUUGCAUCCUGACUUUUGGCCUGAGGUCAACGUGAAACUUUCUACCUUCGAUAGAACACUCAAAUCUACAGAGAUAAAUCAAAAUGUACUUAAUAGUGUGUGCAAUAGUCUAGAAGUUUUAAACGUAAUACUCGAAAGAAAACCAGCAGAUUGGUGCCUUGCUAAUAUUGUCCAUCUUCAACAGUUACUGGAGCAUAGUAUCGGAAGCACGCAAGUAAGAAUUCAAGAAUGUCUCCAUCCAGUUCUUGUUCAUAUAUAUAAAUCUUUGGCUCCUCCGCCAUUCGAGGAAGUUUCUCCUUUAAACCCAGAGCAGCCGUCUUCACCUGAUUCUGAAGUUGAAAAUUUUAUUAAAAUUGUCCAUAAUACAAUUCAAGAAGGUCUUCAAAAUAUGAAUAAUUUAUAUACUGUCAUGAUGCUAUUAAAAUCCGUAGGCUACAAUACCCCAAGGAAUAUUGAUCCUUUUUUAACAGGGAUUAUUCAAGUUAUACAAAAAUUUAUCAAAGAUGUUAUUAAUUUACCACCGAAUACAUCCACAAACAACAGUAAUUUAAAUGGUACACAGGCUCCUGAAUCACCGGUCAGCGUGCUUAUAAUGGCGUUACAACUUGUAAAUUCACGAAUAUCCGAGCUGAACGAGCCAAGACCAAUUUUUCUUGCAGCUCUCUCCCAAUUAAUAGAGAAAACUAAAGAUUACGAACUUUCUCGAACAAUUUUCGAAAUGGUGAAAGAGUGGGUCAUAAAUAAAUCCGAACCUUUUCCCACUCUGGAAGAAAAAUCCGACAUAUUGGUCAAAAUGCUAUGUUUUGAAUCAUUGGAUGAUAAGACUUUAAUUGAGGAAUUUUUGAAUCUCGUCAUCUCCAUAUAUACUGACCCUUCUUUUGCUAGAUCUGAAAUGACUGUGAAGCUAGAGAAGGCAUUUUUAAUUGGUACUCGUUAUAGUAAUUCUAAAAUUAGAAAUCGCUUUAUGGAAAUAUUUGAUAAUAGUAUGGCCAGAUUUUUGUCAACACGUCUUUCAUACAUAAUAUCGGAACAAAACUGGGAAUUUUUGGCAGACUAUUUUUGGCUCCAUCAAGCUUUGGAUAUUCUUUUUGGCUCUAUUUCACCUAAAAGAAGAAUUCAGCCACCAACAUACAGUUUGCAAACCAAAUCCAUUGCGACUCUUGGCGAGUCUCCGAAUUUAUCUUCAUUAACUCCCAGCAAAGAAUUGGAAGAAUUUUUAAUGAAACAUCGGGAAUUUUUACGUGAUAUGAAAAAAUUACGUGACUUUUUCCCUUUUGCUGGGCCACCAUUCCUUCUAAGGAACGACAAGAUUUGA